GUUUUAACUAAAAUCGUGGCUUCUCACCAAACCACAUAUCCACGUUGACCGUUAAGAAAGGCACGUGAUAUUUGAUAAAUCCACCCUCCACACUCCACACCACAAAGAACUGUAGGAAACAGAACCGCAUCGCCGUUAAAAUUCGUAUCCCGCCGGAAAGCCGUAUCUGACUGGUGGCGCUACUACUAUCUAUUCCUCCGCCACCGCCGCGGCGUACUCAUAUAUAUUUUCCGUUGUAUUUUCAGAACCAUCACACACACACACACACAAAUGUUCGUAGCGCAAUUACACCAUUUCUAGGGUUCUUCCUUCUGGCUGAUCCCGAUCGUUCGUUCUAAUUUCAGCUUUAUGGCUGAGUGGCAACAAUACCUUCAAACGGUGUUCUUCGGCGUCGUUUUCUCCUUCCUUCUGGCGAAGCUCUUCUCCGUGAUCUUCGCCUUCCACGAUGAGAACCUCCGCCUCACGCGCUCGGGUCAAACCGAAUCCGAAUUCGAAGGUAAAUCCCCUAGUUCGCCAUUGUUGGGUGGAAAUGAAGGACUGGUUAAGGAGAUUAGUGUAAUCAGUGAUCACAAUUGUAGUGAUAGUGAUGAUGAUUGGGAGGGUGUGGAGAGCACUGAGUUGGACCGAAUAUUUAGUGCGGCCACUGCUUAUGUGGCAGAAAUAGCUGCCGAUCGUGCAGCGAAGAAAUUGCCGAACGAUGCACAAUUGCAGCUCUACGGGCUGUAUAAGGUAGCCAUCGAAGGCCCCUGUUCUGCUCCCCAACCGUCGGCACUCAAAAUGACUGCUCGUGCCAAAUGGCAAGCGUGGCAGAAACUGGGGGCAAUGCCUCCUGAGGAAGCAAUGCAAAAGUACAUCGACAUUGUUACUGAGCUGUAUCCCUCUUGGGAUGCCGGUUUCAGAAUUAAGAAAAAAGAACAAGAACGCGGCGAUGCACAUGUUGAAGGUUCCGAAGGGCCGAUGGGACCCGUUUUUAGCACCUUUACACGCGAGGGGGAACCUGGAUGUGAGUUAAAGUUGGAUGCUAUACACACAUUUGCAAAAGAAGGAGAUGAAGAGAAGCUGCUUGAGUGCAUCGAGAGUGGUGUUCCCUUGAAUGUGAAAGAUAACGAAGGUCGUACUCCUUUGCAUUGGGCUGUUGAUAGAGGCCAUAUGAAUGUUACAGCAUUGCUUUUGAGAAAGAAUGCUGAUGUUAAUGCAAAGGAUAACGCAGGUCAAACUGCAUUGCAUUAUGCUGCUGCUUGUGAGAGAGUUGCCAUUGCCGAGUUACUUGUGAAGAAGGGUGCCGAUAUACAUAUAAAGGAUGACGAAGGAAACACUCCUGGCGAUCUUUUUGAGCUGAGCUGGCCCUGGAUGCAGAUUAACUAAUCCUAAUUGAUGAUUACUAAUAUAUUUUCAAGAUUUCCAUCUGUUUGAAUUCGUACAGAGUAAUUAAUCCUGCUCGUGUAUAUAUAAUGCUAAUGAUAUUUUAUUAAAAAAAUCGACUACGUAAUGGUUCGUUCGUUUGGCAAAAAAGAUAAAUAGUCUGUCAGACAGCUGCUCGACCACCCCAGCCAGCCAAAGCUGACCGAGAACGAUCCUCUACUGAGUCAGAUAGCAUGCGCCACUGAGUCCGUUAAUCACGCUCUGGCCGAGCAGCCAUGGUUCAUCCACCAGGCUUAGUUUCCUGUCUCCUUAGAAAUCAAGGAUUCAGAGGUACGAGCCUAUAGAACAGAUCCUGUUCAAGUAAGGUCGUGACCAUUAAUAUCAAAUAGACUGUAUAUAUAUAAGUUGUUUCUUUCAUAUUUUUCCUAUGUGGGACGAAACUCUCUGGCCAAACUUAUAAAAUCAAUUGUCGUAUUAAUUGUUACCAA